CAACCUCCUGUCCGCUGAGUCAUUUGGGGUGCGAUAGUUAUAUGAUGGACAGCUGGCGCACUUGAGACUGACCUACUGAGAGAUUAUUUUUCGUUCGUGGACACGCGCACAAAUGGCACCGGAAAGAAAUCCGACAGAGACCUCCCCGUUGCUCGGAGAACAGAGCAAUGCUCUCCCUCCCUCAACGGGGGCAAUUUCCAGAGUUCAAGGUGAAGAAGGUGUUCAUUCGGAGCAGCAGACUGGAGGACAUGGAGAUGCACAAGCCAAGAAUGUUGCUCUCCGGUACAUCGUCCCGGCAGUCUCUAUAGGAGUUUUCCUAUCUGCGGCAGACCAGACUAUUAUUAUGGCCAGUUAUGGUCAGAUUGGAAGUGACCUCAAGGCCCUCAAUUUGACCAAUUGGAUAGCCACUUCGUACUUCCUGACACUCACGUCAUUUCAACCCCUGUACGGCAAAUUGAGUGAUAUUUUCGGCCGAAAACAAUGUCUCUUAUUUGCGUAUGCUAUUUUUGGGAUGGGGUGUUUGUUCUGUGGCUUAUCACAGAAUAUCAAGCAUCUCAUUGCUGCGCGUGUCUUCCAAGGUAUUGGAGGAGGUGGUAUGACCACCGUUGUUAGUAUCCUUAUGAGUGAUCUUGUUCCACUACGUGAGCGAGGAGUAUGGCAGGGUAUUAUCAAUAUCGUCUAUGCCACCGGUGCAGGAAUUGGUGCACCCUUGGGUGGUAUCUUGGCUGAUUUUAUCGGCUGGCGUUGGGCUUUCAUCGCGCAAGCGCCGCUCUGCAUCAUGGCAUUUACAGCGGUGUCGUUAAUGUUGGACUUACCAGUGCAAGAAGACACACAUUGGAAGGCCAAGCUCCGCCGUGUCGAUUUCGCUGGAGCAAUUGUCCUUGUUGGUGCCGUGCUCGGCUUCCUUCUUGGCCUCGACCGGGGAAGUAAUGUGUCAUGGACCAUGCCGUUGACAAUUGCGUCUUUGUCGGUCUCUGUGGUGCUGUUCAUUGUCUUUGUUAUCAUUGAGGUAUACUUCGCAGCAGAACCUUUCGCUCCCGGAUACAUCAUCUUUGACGGAACAUUUUUCGCCAAUUAUGGUUGCAACUUUGCUAGCUUUGGCAGCUGGAUUGCGGUACUCUUCUACAUCCCGUUGUAUUUCCAGGCGGUUGACGGUGUUUCUGCCACUGUGUCCGGACUGCGACUCCUCCCGAGUAUUUGCACCGGUGUUUUCGGUUCUCUUUUUGCUGGAUUUGUCAUGAAAUGGACCGGAAAAUACUACUGGCUAACUGUGGCGGGUUAUACCUCCCUUACUCUUGGAAUCACCGGGGUCUUCCUUUUCUCUGGCGGUGCAGUGCCCAGCACAGUUGGUAUGAUCGUGUCUAUGGUUAUAUCUGCUUUUGGAAACGGCAUUGGUGUCACGACGACAUUGAUUGCAUUGAUCUCAAACGCUAAUCCUGAGGAUCAAGCGGUGGUUACUGCCUGCUCAUAUCUCUUCCGCUCGCUAGGAUCAGUGAUUGGGCUUUCUCUGUCCUCCACAGUGGUCCAGCAACUCCUUCGAACUCGACUGAGGUCCGCGCUGCAUGACAGCAAAGACAUCGAUAAGAUCGUGGACGGGGUGCGACAGAGUCUUGACUACAUCAGAACCCUUGAUCCGGCAGUCGCCAGGAUCGUUCGCGGCUCUUAUGGCUGGGCAACGAACAAAGGGUUCGCAUUUAUGAUUGGCAUUUCGCACUCGGGCCCGACGUCGCUUUCGCGAUACCGCCCUCUGCUCUACCUGUUCACCGGUGUCGUAGCAGCCUACGCCCUCGUCUACAUCCAUAAUAACAUCAUCUCCCCUACCCCAGAGCAGACAUCCUCCUCCCUCCGCCGCCGAAACGCCGUCCGCCGGAGACGAAACGACCCCGACGAUGUCACCGAGACACCCUCCUACCGCGCAAUCACACAUCUCGAACAACUCGAGCGCCAAAACGGAGUCUACGGUACAUUCCGAAUCGAAACCGAAGAUGGACGACGGGUGGAAAGUGGCCUGCUGCCGUCGCUGCUGGCGACGCGAGACCAGUUGAUGGAGGAAGUUGGGGUGCCGCCAGCCCAUGCGGAGCGGAUGCGCGAGAUGAUGGAGGAUACGUUUUUGGAGUCAUUUCUUGCGUUGGAUUUCCCGCCCGAACAUGUGUUGGAGGACGGGAGUGCUGAGAGGAAUUACUUGUCGGAGCAGUUGCAGCGGCGGGGCAUUUCGCGGGCUGGGGUUGAGAGGGCGCUGGCGCAGUUCAAUGAGAACAGUAAUUAUGGGGAGGAACUACGGCAUAGAAGACAGAAUGGGGAGCGGGUGACGCUGUCGACGUCGACUUUUCCGGAUGUUUCAGUGCCCGCGCAGAAUAUGGAUGCUGAUACUGUGGUGGAUGACCAAAGCGUGUUUUCGUGGAGAGAUGGGAAUAAUGACACGUCGCCUACGCGGGAGGGCCAGAAUCUGCUCAACUUGCUGUAUCAUAUCGCAGAGGACCAGUCGCGGCAGGAUGGGUAUAUUCAUCGAGGAGUUACGUGCAAUAGCUGCAACGCCAUGCCCAUCCAAGGCAUUCGGUAUCGAUGUGCGAAUUGCAUCGACUACGACCUGUGCGAGACGUGUGAAGCGAUGCAGGUGCACAUCAAGACGCAUUUGUUCUACAAAGUCAGAAUCCCUGCGCCGUUCCUCGGAAACCCUCGACAGUCUCAGCCCGUUUGGUACCCCGGAAAACCGGCGAUGCUUCCUCGCAGCCUCCCGCGGAAUCUGGCCAAGCGUUUCAUGAAAGGGACGGGCUUUGAAAAUACAGAGUUGGAUGCUCUGUGGGACCAGUUCCGCUGUCUUGCCAACUACGAGUGGCCGGAUGAUCCUAACAAACUGUACAUGGCUAUUGACCGCAAGACGUUUGAUCGCUGCUUUGUGCCCAACACAUCUAUCCGGCCGCCUCCUCCUAGUCUUAUCUACGAUCGCAUGUUUGCAUUCUACGACACCAACAGCGAUAACCUGAUUGGCUUUGAGGAGUUCUUGAGAGGUCUUGCUAGUCUCAAUAACAAGAGCAACGAUGAACGCCUGCGCCGUGUGUUCCGUGGAUAUGAUAUCAAUGGAGACGGCUUCGUGGAACGGAAAGACUUCCUGCGUGUGUUCCGGGCAUACUACGCUCUUAGCCGCGAACUCACACGGGAUAUGGUCGCCGGUUUGGAAGAUGACUUCUUGGAAGGUGGUGCGCGGGAUGUGGUUCUGGGUAGCCAGCCUAUCAGUUCCGCAUUCCCCGGCAGUAUUCCCUCCGGGGAGCCAUCGAGAAUCGGCGAAGGAAAGCGCAUCAACCGGGAAGGCGAUAUGGAGGUCAUGGAUAAUGAGGGUGUCCUGCGACAUGACGGCUCCGAUACUGGUGAUCGCUAUAGUGUUGUUGGAGAUUCUGCUGUCCGUGGGCAAUUUGGACUUGAUGAAGCUCGCCGCUACGGCAUUGACGAGCGCUGGCGGCGGAGAGCGUUUUACACCGAUGAAGAAGACGGUGCUACAAUUCCCGAGGGAUACCAGAGAGAUCCUGACUAUGACGGUUCGAGCGACGAAGACGAAGAUGAGGAUGCCAUCGAUGAACAGAAUUUAGCUUCAGAGUCGCACCCGCCAUCGCCCCGCUCGCGGUCUUCAUCCAAGGUCCGAUUCCAGGAUGAUUUCACUGAUGAUUAUGAGAUCCGGUCUACGACUUCGUCUCGAAGUAUUCCUGUCGGAGAACGAUGGGGUGGUUUCGAGAUCCCCGAGGUUGAGCGAGAUGUGGGCAAGGAGGUUUUGUACCAGGUCACGCAGCAAGGGUUCAACGAGCUGCUCGACAUCUUGUUUAAACCCAAGGAAGACCUGCUCAUGGAAGUAAAUCGGACACGUACCGAGAGGAAAAUUUGGGCGGGCGAGAUUGAGCUGUUUGAGCAGACCGAUCCACACAGGCAAAAGGCCACGGGAGAUGAACCUGAAAGCAGGCAUCGUGCCGCAGUGGAACAGAGGUCCCUCGACGAGUUGCUAGAACGAACAGGAUACUCAGUUGACAGUCCGCCUCUGGAGCCUUCUCAGACUGGUGGUCCUGUACUUGCUCCUCCCCCAAGAUUCAGGGUUCCUGAUGACGACGUCAGGCCAAUCCAUCUCGCUGAACCGGAUGACGACGAAGAGGAAGAGGAAGAAGAUGAAGAAGAAGAAGAAGAAGAAGAAGAAGAAGAAGAAGAAGAAGAAGAAGAGGGAGAGGGAGAGGAGACUGAAGACGAGGACUACGAGGACAUGCCGGAACUUGAAUCCUCCGAGGGACUCGACGAGCCGGCUCCUCGCCCGGUAACUCCUGAACUACAAAUAACCCACGACGAAUCCGCUCCUACAACACCCGACUACGACCCUACCCUUCCCCAAAACCGCCCCAACGAAUUACCAAUCCAACUCUCUACACCCCGCGAAGGAACCACCCUCCCCCUCCGCCUCCGCCUACAACCCAACAACUCCUUCCCCAUACCCUCCUCCCUCCCCUCAUCCUCCCCCGAAGCCGAAGCAACAGCCCCCAAACAACCCCCCUCACCAAUCCAACCCCUCCCCCCAGCCCCAACCGCCUCAACCUCCACCCUCCCACUAGAGACAGAAGAAGCAUCGCCAACCCGCCGGCCAACACCGCGGAUGCUUUCCCGGUGGGCAUUCCUGAACCAGGUUGAGCAGGAAGCGAAGGAGCGGGGCGGGACCGGGGCAAAGUUGAAUUUUGAGGAGUUUUCGAAACGGAUGGCGGCGGAUCGGCAACGGAGGUUGGCGUUUGUGGCGAGUUGGAUUGAGAUGGCUAGUUUUUAGUACAUAGGGCAAAAGUACUGUUUAAUAAGUUCACUUUACGGAUGGAUUCUAUAUGCUCACAACUACUGUACAGUCAAUAAAAUGUACCAUGCUAUUGUGUCAACCCCAUGUCCGUUUCCCUUAUAUUCCUUCUGGCCGCUGUUCCCUCUUACCCUUGCCCUUGCCAUCCUUCAUCAAAGCGCUGGCAUCAUCAAC